AUGUCACCUCGUCGCCGAGAUUCGAAAAUGGCAGGAGAAACGUCACACCUUGUCGUCAAAGCGGACCCCGCCUCGCCGUCCCCACCUCAACAACAACUACUGACUCCACCUUCAUCAACUGUCAGAGUCAAACGUGAAGUUCUGUCCCCGGAGGAUGAGGUAGAAGCGUCUCCUACAGCAACGAAGGGAUCAAAACGCAAACGCUCAGCCACGCCUGACGAUAGUGACUACGAGCCUCAACCUGUCGCAACGAGCAAAAAGGCCAAACCUACCGUCACGCCAAAGAGGAAACCACGCAAGAAGAAGACGAAGACCCCAGCCGAACUUGCAGCUGCUGCAGAAAAAGCCAGACUGAAAGCCGCGAAUGAGGAACGGAUAAGAAAGACAAAGCAGGGGAGGAUAGACUGGAAAGAGUGGCUUGCCAACAACCAAAAUGACGACGACAAGAACUCGCUCGAUGCUAUUGGGAUCGACUGUCUUACCAAAACUAUGUGCGAUAAACAACUCGGCUUGAACAAAGACGAUCUGAAGGCUCUGCCGUUCGAGGAGAGACUAAAUCCCAAUGGAGCCUCUUUCGCGGCAAUGCGACUAUACAGCUACUCCGACGCGCUUCGUCUUGCUUGUAGGAAGGAGGCAAUUCUGGCAGGUUAUUCUCAGGACAACGAGGAAAUCUUGAUGGAAAUUGGGCGAGAACUGCUGCAGGACAAGAAAGGGAAAGACAAACAGCGCCGGGGAGGGUCGGAGUCAGACUCAGACUCAGAGGUCGUGUGCGGCCCUUGCGAGAGCAAUAUGCCAUCUAUUGAGUAUCUCAUGGCUCGUCAUGAGUCGCAAUGGGGAGGAGGUCCGAAAGUAUACAAUGGAAAGUAG